CCGAAGAUUACAAAUUCUAGGAUAUUUGAGGAUUACAGUCCGAUUACUAGCUCCAAUAUCCGUAUACUAAAAAAACUAAAAGCUCAAAAUGUCUAAACUAACUGCUGAGCUAAUAGCAGACUCUCCUCAGUUCAUGAACUCAGUUAACGAUUGGGAGCUGAGCCUAAGAGGUAAUAAGAUUCAAGUUAUUGAAAACCUCGGGGCGACAUUGGAUCAGUUUGAUUGCAUUGAUUUCUCAAAUAACGAGAUACGGCGACUUGAUGGAUUCCCAUACCUAAGGAGAUUAAAGAUGUUAAUUAUUAACAACAAUAAGCUAUGGUAAUAAAAUAAGCAUUAUGAUUGGAACAAUCUAUGCAAUAUAAGUACAUGUAUAUGCAUCAG